CAACAGUAGGAAGAAAAGAGAAACACCCAAAUGCUCUUUCCUUUGAUCUUUCACUUCCCCUAAGCUGCGCAUAUGCUUCUUCUUCUUCUUCUUCUUCUUCUUCUUCUUCUUCCUCUACCUUCAACCUUUGCAUUAUAGCUUUCACACUACACAGGAAUCUCCUUCCCUACUCAUGGGUUGCUGUGAAUCUUCUUUUCUAGCUGAAACCCACCCAGAAAAAGAUCACACCAACCUAUCAUACCCUCCGCAAAGCCAUCCAUCACCUUCUGCUCUUCUUGAACCUUCUACUGGUGUCCCAUCUUUCUCUGAAUUCUCCUUCUCUGACCUCAAAGCAGCCACCAACAACUUUAGUUCUGAUAACAUCGUCUCCGAGAGCGGUGAGAAGGCCCCCAAUCUUGUCUACAAGGGCCGCCUUCAGAACCGCCGCUGGAUCGCUGUUAAAAAGUUUACUAAGAUGGCUUGGCCCGAUCCUAAGCAAUUUGCGGAGGAGGCAUGGGGUGUGGGGAAGCUGAGGCAUAAAAGGCUGGCCAAUUUGAUAGGGUACUGCUGUGAUGGAGAUGAGAGGCUGCUUGUCGCUGAGUACAUGCCCAAUGAUACUUUAGCUAAGCAUUUAUUUCACUGGGAAAAUCAAACUAUUGAAUGGGCAAUGCGUUUAAGAGUAGCCUUCUGCAUUGCUGAAGCCUUAGAUUAUUGCAGUUCUCAGGGCCGUCCAUUGUACCAUGAUUUGAAUGCAUAUAGGGUUCUUUUUGAUGAGGAUGGAGAUCCACGCCUUUCGUGUUUUGGCUUGAUGAAAAAUAGUAGGGAUGGAAAAAGUUAUAGCACAAAUCUUGCUUACACUCCUCCUGAGUACCUAAGAAACGGAAGGGUCACCCCUGAAAGCGUAAUUUACAGUUUUGGUACCGUUCUUCUGGAUUUGCUAAGUGGAAAGCAUAUUCCUCCAAGUCAUGCUCUGGAUAUGAUAAGGGGAAAAAACAUAAUUCUGUUAAUGGAUUCACAUUUGGAGGGACACUUCUCCACAGAUGAAGCAACUGUGGUUGUUGAUCUUGCCUCUCGAUGUUUGCAAUAUGAACCUAGAGAACGGCCUAGUACAAAGGUUCUUGUUGGAACAUUGGCUUCCCUGCAAAUGAAACCUGAUGUUCCGUCAUAUGUAAUGCUUGGAAUUUCAAAACACGAGGAAACCCCACCAACACCUCAGCGUCCCCUCUCACCAAUGGGCGAGGCCUGUUCACGGAUGGACCUCACAGCAAUUCAUCAGAUCUUGGUUAUGACUCACUACAAAGAUGAUGAAGGAACAAACGAGUUAUCUUUCCAAGAGUGGACACAGCAAAUGAGAGAUAUGCUGGAGUCAAGGAAGCGAGGAGACUUUGCCUUCCGUGAUAAAGAUUUUAAAACUGCCGUUGACUGUUAUUCCCAGUUCAUAGAUGUGGGAACCAUGGUUUCCCCUACUGUUUUUGCACGGCGCAGUCUUUGUUAUCUAUUAUGUGAUCAGCCAGAUGUUGCCCUUCGAGAUGCAAUGCAAGCUCAGUGUGUAUAUCCAGAGUGGCCCACAGCCUUCUACAUGCAGUCUGUCGCCCUUGCCAAACUCGAUAUGCAUAAUGAUGCGGCUGACAUGUUAAAUGAAGCUACUGCACUAGAAGAAAAGAAGCAAAAAGGUGGGAAAGCAACGUGAAAAUUAAUUGUACGAUCAAUAAAAGAUCUCCGCACAGAAAAUGCAUUGUCAUUGAGGCCAUGCCCAACUUUAUGUAAAAUUUGAGCUGUGAAUUGAUUAGCUUUUUCGAUAAAAAUUGUAAUAUAGAGAGAGACUUGUUGCAUCAAUGCAUCAUGCAUGUGUAAUUUUCCCUGUUUGUUGGGGAAUUAAUUGAGCUAGCUCUGGCCUGUCGGUUGCGAUCUGAUUUUUCUUGA